UGAGCAGAAAGAAGGGAAAUCCAAUGACUACAUUAGACGAAAGAGCUUCUGCUAAAAGAUGGCUUCCUCUCGAAGCUAACCCUGACGUCAUAAAUCAGUUCCUUUGGGGGCUAGGGCUUCCAGCGGAUGAGGCAGAAUGUUAUGAUGUUUAUGGCUUAGAUGAAGAGCUUCUGGAAAUGGUUCCAAAACCUGUUAUUGCCGUCCUUUUUCUUUAUCCCAUAACAACUAAGACUGAAGAGGAGAGGUUGCAGCAGGAAAAUGAAAAUAGGGAGUAUAACAGUAGAGUGUAUUUUAUGAAGCAAACUGUGGGUAAUGCUUGUGGUACAAUAGGACUGCUGCAUGCUCUUGGCAAUUUGACUUCUGAAGUCAAGCUAGUUGAGGGGUCGUUCUUUGAUAAGUUCUUUAAAUCCACUGCAAGCUUGAAUCCAUUGCAGCGUGCAGCAUUUCUUGAGAAUGACAGAGAAAUGGAAGUUGCUCACUCAGUGGCAGCAACUGCUGGUGAUACAGAGGCGUCAGACAAUGCAGAUGCUCAUUUCAUAUGCUUUGCUUGUGUGGACGAUGAACUGUAUGAACUUGAUGGAAGAAAGUCAGGGCCAAUAUCUCAUGGUCCAUCUUCUGCAAGAACUUUGUUAAGGGAUGCAGCUAAAGUUAUACAGGGCAUGAUCCAGAAAAAUCCAGACUCCCACAACUUCAAUGUCAUUGCCUUAUGUAAGAAAUCCGGGGAAUAAAUAUUAAGCUUAUCUGGUUAGGCUUGUUGGGGUCAUGUGUCAUGUCGAAGUAAACUAUAUAUCUUUAACUCAUAGCCAGUGCGUGUACUUGGAUUCUAUUUUCAUAAGUGAUCUAGGACGUAGAGCCUCUUCGAUUUCAGAUUAAUGCGAUACGAGUUUCUUGCACGAUGAGCCACGUGAAAGAAAUUUCAAAGGUAACCUGUCAUUUGUAGCGAUAUGGAAUAAUUUUCGUCGUAUGCUAAACACAGUUCUGAAUGGCAUCUGCAUGGUCCGAGGGACAUGGAAGUUAGUCCUUAGAAGGAAGCAAAUUUCUGCCAACUCAACUGAUUCUUCUGUAAUGGCAUAUGAGGAACUUGUUAAUGUCUCGUCCAGAGUAAAGAAGAUGCUUCUAGUUCGACAGAAUCGUAAUAAAUUGUUUCGGGCGAACAAAUUGAGACACGAGAAAUUCAUAAAUACAUUGCCCGAGGUAGCGAAGCGCACUGUAAUUUUCAUAACUACCCGUAUCUUUUAGACGUUGUGUUUAUCUUUUCAUUAUAACAUUGAAAUUUUAGCGUAAGGAAGUCACCAAUAUAUAACAAGGAAGGAAGCUAAGAUGGCAUAUGAGAUUUAGCCUUGCCUUUACAGCAUGCCAAUACGCAAUAUACAACCCAUUGACCAAAGGAGCCUCUAAUAGCAUAUAUGCAAAGAAGACCAGCGAUCGUAUGGUGCUUCAAUAAGAAUAAUUUUGUUGGCACUUGGUAGUUUGCUGAAGAAGUCGCCAACUUAUCAAGCCGAUGGAAUAUUAAUUUUGAGAAUAUCGUUGGGCUGACAUUCUCUUUAAAUAUAUGCUCAAAUCUGGAAGAUAAGCAAAUAUCCAGACUUGAUGUCAAUGUCAUUUACUCGUCAUUAUACAAAGAAAAAGAGUUUUGUUAAAGGUUUGAGGAUAAGCAACUUUGUGGUACGUUUUACAUAUUUUAUUUUUUCUAUUCUACAUUUUAGUUGGAUUAAAUCAUACUUUUUUCUUAUCUUGUUCUGAUAUGCUCCUUUUUAUUAAAUGCCAUAAAACAUGUAAUGCAACUCCUGUUUUCCGU